AUGGCCACAUCUAAUCUUGAAGAACUAACAAUUGGCGCCCUGAUGUGUUGUCGUCUACUGGGCCGAGCGGGCACUAUCCAGGAAGUCCGUACGAUCGUGACGGUGCUUGACCCGUCGCGUGCCGCUGAGGAAAUUGAUGCUAUGUAUAGACAGUGGGCGCAUGCUUCCUUCCAGGUGCAUAGGAAUACGCUUGCCGACAUAUUGGCCAACCACUUAUUCGAGAACUAUGGAGGAUCGACUGAAGGGUCAUCACAGCCAAGUUCUACUCACGUCACACCGGUGCUGAACAUCUACGAGGGCCUCACACAGCGUCAUGAUCCGGCCGCCCAUCAGCUCCUCCAACUAGCCGCCGUCGACGAGGAGAUGCUAGCGCUUCGUUGUUUGAUUCUGCUGUACCGCAGAACAAACGAGCCGGAAACAGUCAAUUGCGAGGGAUUCAUCGACAUUUGCUCGACAAUCCAUAAUGGUGUGCCCGUGCGUCGCAUCCAGAGGCAAUUCGUCUGGGCCCACAGCAUGACGGAAUUUGAGCUACUCAGUGCCAUGAUCGAGAUCUGGUCCCAGUACCCUAAUCAGCCGGAUCCGCCACAACCGUUGAAU